GUAUAAGGAAAUGCUAGAUCUAGUGAUAUCACCCAGCCUGACUGUAAAUAGAGAGUGCCCUGACAGAUUGAAGCUUAACCUUUCUAACAUUUAUGCCACGGCUCCAGAUGACAUAGAAGGUAAGUCAAAGCAAAUUUUUCACAGUGAGUAUGAAGGUGAGUCAGGCAACAGCAAAGCAGCUCCACAUUGUCCUCUCCAUCUGUACUCCACAAAACAUUAUCCCCAUAUAGUGACAGUCUCAUCUUUCCCAACAAUGGCAACAUAUGGACAGACUCAGUACAGUGCGGGAAUCCAACAGGCUGCUGCGUACACUGCCUACCCUGCUCCCGGGCAGCCCUAUGGCAUACCCUCCUACAGCAUCAAAACAGAGGACAGCCUGAGCCAUUCCCCGGGACAGAGUGGGUUUCUUAGCUAUGGAUCCAGCUUCAGUACCCCGACUGCUGGACAAGCACCAUACACCUACCAGAUGCAUGGCACAACAGGGAUUUACCAGGGAGCCAACGGCCUGACAAAUUCUGCUGGAUUCAGUGCUGUGCAUCAGGAAUAUUCUUCAUACCCAAGCUUUCCACAAAGCCAGUACUCACAGUAUUACAGCUCCUCCUACAACUCUCCCUACAUGUCCACAAACAGCAUCAGCCCUUCAGCCAUCCCAACCUCCACUUAUUCGCUCCAGGAGUCUUCUCACAAUAUCACCAGUCAGAGCACAGAAUCGCUGUCUGGGGAAUAUGCAACAACACCAGCAAAAGAUAUAGAAACAGACAGACAUCACAGAGGUUCGGAUGGCAAGGUACGAGCCCGGUCAAAAAGAAGCAACGAUCCUUCCCCUACUGCUGACAGUGAGAUUGAGCGUGUAUUUGUGUGGGAUUUGGAUGAGACGAUAAUUAUUUUUCACUCCUUACUCACGGGAACCUUUGCAUCCAGAUAUGGGAAGGACACUACAACGUCUGUGCGGAUAGGUCUUAUGAUGGAAGAAAUGAUCUUCAACCUUGCAGAUACACAUCUGUUCUUUAAUGACCUGGAGGACUGUGACCAGAUCCACAUAGAUGAUGUAUCGUCAGAUGAUAAUGGUCAAGAUCUAAGCACGUAUAACUUCUCUGCAGAUGGCUUUCACAGUUCAACUGCCAGUGCAAAUCUAUGUCUGGGCUCAGGCGUUCACGGGGGAGUUGACUGGAUGAGGAAAUUAGCAUUCCGCUACCGCCGGGUGAAAGAGAUGUACAACACCUACAAAAACAAUGUAGGGGGUUUAAUAGGAGCUCCUAAGAGGGAAACCUGGCUGCAGUUAAGAGCAGAACUUGAAGCGCUGACUGAUCUCUGGCUCACACAUGCUCUGAAGGCGCUGAAUUUGAUACAUUCCCGGCCUAACUGUGUGAAUGUGUUGGUCACCACAACUCAGCUUAUACCAGCUCUUGCAAAAGUUCUUCUCUAUGGUCUGGGCACUGUCUUCCCCAUUGAAAACAUUUACAGUGCGACAAAAACAGGGAAAGAAAGCUGUUUUGAAAGAAUAAUGCAAAGGUUUGGAAGGAAAGCUGUGUACAUUGUAAUAGGAGAUGGUGUUGAAGAGGAGCAGGGAGCAAAAAAGGAGAACCCUUUCAGUGGAAGCCUCUAAGAACUUGCAGCCAAAGAACAUUGUACCAAGUCCUUCUUCCUUUGAACAGAGGAAAAGCCUUCAGAUAACUCUGGGGAUCCUGCAGUUACACGCUUAAGCUGGAUGCACAGAGCUGUAACUGCCUUUUUGCCAUCAACAACAAACACCGGAAGUCUUGGGUCUACUUGUCAGUUUUCUUUUAAAAGGGGAAGAGGACAUAGUAAAGAGUCUGUGAGCAUGCUCUGUGCAUAGUACAUCCUAUCACAUGGGACCUUCUGAAAAUAAGAGUGAAACUGUUGAUUUUUUGUUUGUAUUUUUUAAUUUAUGAACUAAUCUCAUUACUCUGGUA